CAAUUCUCAAAUCAGCCCCCUCCAUCUCAACCCUCCACCAUAACAAGUAACCAAUUCACACCAUGCCACUCUCUUCCGUCCCACAGGAGUACAGCUAUGUUCUCGCCAGUCUCUUCGCAGCAUCCUUGGUGAGCCAAUACCACACUAUUCUGGUUGGCGGUAUCCGCAAGGCCGCAAAGGUCCCAUACCCGAACGCCUAUGCGAGUGCCGAGGACGCCUCCAAGGACAAGGAAAAGUUCCGCUUCAACUGCGCUCAACGUGCACAUUCAAACUACCUCGAGAACCUUGCUGUCGUGUUACCAGCUUUCCUCGCUUCAGCGCUUCACUACCCCAUCGCCUCGUCCUCGCUCUUGGGUAUCUGGCUUGCUGGCAGAGUGGCGUAUGCUCGUGGCUACGCCGGCAGCGAGCACAACGGCACCGGAAAAGGGAGGUACAAGGGUGCGUUCUUUUAUGUCGGGCAGAUCGGGUUGGCAGUUACGGCUACAAUGAGUGCGUGGAAGCUCUACAGCUCUGGGCCUUAAACAUGAGCAUGGGUAUUUUUUUUUUUGGAAAUAGGGUUGGGACUUACUUCUUUGUAGUGCAUUUGGUUUCUUUCCUUGUCUGGACUAUAGCUAUUGUUUUCCUUGGAGCAUUAAAUAUACAAGAAGUUUUCGUCUCA